ACACUUAAUACUUUUACAGUAUAUUUGGGAAUUCGAAUAUCCUUGGCUACUGGCUAAGUGGCUAGUAAUGGUUGAAGCCCGAGUGGCACCAACAAACAAGUACAAGUAGCAUCUUCAAUUGAUUACCAUGAUAGCCAUGGCCAAGAUUCCCGCCCAGCUUUUUGAAUCCAUAUCACCACCGCCAUCACUACUUAGCACCGAGCCUAAUUCUCCUCACAACUUCCCUAAUUAUGUCCCCUUUCAAAGGCCAAAGCAAUCUCCACAACCUUUAGACAGUGUUUCUCAUCUAACCAAUAAUUAUCAUCUCUCUUCAUUAUAUACUAAACCAAUCAAUUCGACAGGUUAUGCUUCAGUUCUUGAUUCUUGCAAUUCUCAAAACUUAGGGACACAGGUUCACGCUCACGCUAUCAAGACUGGGUUUCAUUGUCACGACUUUGUACAGACGAAGUUACUCCAAAUGUAUGCGAAGUUUGGUUGUUUGGAAUGUGCGCACUUGUUGUUUGAUUCAGUGCCGCUUAGAAACUUGCAUUCUUGGUUGGCCAUUCUUAAUGUUUAUUUUGAUCAUGGUCUCUUUGAUGAAGCCUUCUCACUGUUUCAAGAAUUACUAUUUGAAGAUAUUGAGUUGGAAUUCUUUGCUUUCCCACUAGUUUUUAAAAUUUGUAGCGGUCUCGGAAUGGUAGAAUUAGGUAGGCAACUACAUGCGAUGGUGAUGAAGUAUCUCUUUUUUUCGAAUAUUUAUGUGGGUAAUGCGUUAAUAGAUAUGUAUGGUAAAUGUGGAAGCUUAGACGAUGCCAAGAAAGUUUUAACACUUAUGCCCCACAAGGAUAAUGUGUCGUGGAAUUCUGUCAUUACAGCUUGUGCUACUAAUGGAAUGGUUUAUGAGGCAUUGGAGUUUCUUGAAAAAAUGAGAUCUUCAGAUUAUCCAAUGCCAAAUCUUGUUACUUGGAGCGCAGUUAUAGGAGGUUUUGCACAGAAUGGUUAUGAUGCAGAAGCCAUAGAGCUGCUACUUAUAAUGCAAGCAGAAGGGAUUGAACCAAAUGCUCGAACUCUGGCAAGUGUUCUUCCAGCUUGUGCUAGACUACAAAAGCUUAGUCUUGGUAAAAUAUUCCAUGGCUAUAUCAUGAGACAUGGAUUUAUGUCUAACCCUUUUGUUGUCAAUGGAUUAAUUGAUGUGUAUAGGAGAUGUGGCGAUAUGGAUAAUGCAGUUAAGAUAUUUUCAAGAUUUUCACUAAGGAAUGAAGUCUCUUAUAAUACGAUGAUUGUUGGUUAUUGUGCGAUUGGUGAUGUCUCCAAGGCUAAGGAGUUCUUUGAUCAAAUGGAGGUUUCCGGGGUAAAAAGAGAGAGAAUUUCAUGGAACUCAAUGAUUUCAGGAUAUGUGGAUAACUUCAUGUUUGAUGAAGCUUUAAAUAUGUUUCGCAAUUUGCUAAAAGAAGGGAUUGAACCAGAUUCUUUUACUCUAGGAAGUGUUUUGACUGCUUGUGCUGAUACGGCAUCUCUGAGACAAGGAAAGGAGAUACAUUCUUAUGCCAUUGUCAAAUCGUUGCAAUCCAAUACAUUUGUUGGUGGAGCUCUUAUAGAAAUGUACUCUAAAUGCCAGGAUCCAAUGGCUGCUCAGCUGGUUUUUAAUGAGGUGAUAGAAAGGGAUGCACCAACAUGGAAUGUUCUCAUAUCUUGCUAUGCCCGCUGCAACCAGAAUGAAGAAAUUCGAAAUUUGCUUCAAAAAAUGCAAGAGGAUGGUUUUGAGCCAAACAUCUACACUUGGAAUGGAAUUCUUGCAGGUUAUGUGGAAAAUGGCCACUUGGACUUGGCCAUGCAGUUGUUCUCUGAAAUGCAUACUGGAGAUGUGAGGCCUGAUAUUUUCACAGUUGGGAUUAUUCUACCUGCUUGCUCGAAAUUGGCUACACUUGAGCGAGGGAAACAAGUCCAUGCACACUCAAUCAGGUGUUAUUACGACUCUGAUGUCCAUAUCGGAGCAGGCCUUGUAGAUAUGUAUGCAAAAUGUGGAAGUUUACAGUAUGCACAGUUGGCCUAUAGCAGAAUCUCAAACCAUAAUUUGGUGUGCCACAACGUGAUGCUUACUGCAUAUGCCAUGCAUGGGUAUGGAGAAGAAGGAAUUGCUCUCUUUCGAACCAUACGGGCCACCGGUUUUCAACCAGAUAAUGUGACUUUCCUAUCAGUUCUUGCUUCAUGUGUUCAUGCUGGAUUAGUCGAGGUAGGCAAUGAGUUUUUCCAUUUGAUGGGAUGUUACAAUGUGAAACCUGCAUUAAAGCACUACACUUCAAUGGUUGAUCUCCUUAGCCGUUCAGGACAGCUUAACAAAGCUUAUGAGCUUAUUAAGAAAAUGCCUAUGGAACCUGACUCAGUUCUGUGGGGUGCAUUACUUGGAGGUUGUGUCAUUCAUGGUAAUGUCGAGCUGGGCAAAAUUGCAGCAGAGAGGCUUAUAGAGUUAGAACCAAAUAAUACUGGAAAUUAUGUUCUAUUGGCUAAUUUAUAUGCUUAUGCAAGGCAAUGGUCUGACUUAGCAAGAAUAAGACACAUGAUGAAGGAUAGAGGAUUACACAAGAGCCCUGGAUGCAGUUGGAUUGAGGACAAGGAUGAAAUUUAUGCCUUUCUUGCAUGUGAUAGAUCUCACAAACGAACAGAGGAGAUUUACAAUACAUUAAACAACUUGGCCUUUCACAUGACAACAUGGAUGCUAGCUCCACAAUGAAAUAUUUUAGCAUGAGAAUACUUGGAUUCUCUAUCAUUUUCUAAGGCCAGACAAAACAUUUAACAACAAGAGGCCACACUAUUCUUCUCCAUGCCAAGAAACUGCUAAUAACAGCAGAGCAAAUGCCUGCAGGCAGAACAUCAUAUUUUCUGAUUGCAGUAACAACUUAUUAGAAGAAAUUCUGCUAAGGCAUAUUUGUAAGGGGAGAAAUGUAAUUUUAUUCAACAGUAUUAGAUGGGCUGCUGCUGAUUUUGCACUGAAAGCUUGUAGUCAAAACCAAGAAUUUCUAUGCUCUAUAUCUAAUUUUGAUUCUGGUACCUCAGCUUUCUAAUCACCAUCAUAUAUUGGUUCCAUAGUGGCUUUUCAUUCGAGGAAAUUUCUUUUAGUCUGGGUGCUGCUCUGGGAGAUCAUAAUGGCUCCGUAUUGUGUGUUUUAAGUAUCCAUUAGUGAUUUUUCUGCACCAAGAACUCUGCACGCCAUGGCUCUGAGGCCUGCAGCUGAGAUUUACCCCACUUCUGGUAUAGGUGGAAUAAAUUGCAAUCAUACAUCCAGAUCUUCGUACAGGUGGAGCUGAAAGAUUAAUCGUUGAUGCAUCUGUACAGCUUGCAUCCCAUGGUCAGAGUGUUCAUAUCUUUACAGCUCACCAUGACAACAAUCGAUGUUUUGAGGAAAAUCUUGCUCGUAAAUUCACACUCUCUAUUUAUUUUGUUCUCGCUGAAAUUUGAAGAAUAAUUUGCCUCAGAAAGUGGCAUUUAAUUAUCAAGGAAGUGCUGCUCUCACAGUUGGAAAUUGCAAAAACUUGAAUCUGAGAUUUCUGUGAUAAUGCCUUGUAUUCGAGACAAUUUUUUUUGGAAUGUCUUAUGCUUGUAAAUGAAGAAAGCAAACUGCAUUUUCAUAUACUUUAUUAAACGACUGUAAUCCAUAGGUUCUGGAAAGGGGAAAGAAUUGUCUUCAUCUCUUACAACUAUUUACAUCCUGUUUCUGGCUUGAUCUGCACUAUAUGGUUGUUAAGUUAAUUGCAUGUAAACAGUGGCAGACCCGGAGUAACAGGAUUUCUUUGUGACUCUACUCAAAUCAUUCUCCUUCGUAAUGGUGAAACUCAUUCAGGAUACGAAGAUGGCAAAGAGAAUGGGUGAAGAGGCAAAGCAGCUUGUCACUGAGUCAUAAUCUGCAAAAAAGUUUUGGCCAGCACUUGAAUGAAUACGUUGUUAAUAUUGCUAGCAGUAAGGAGGACUGAAAAUCAUCAUAGCAGAUGGCAAUGUCAUCUCCAUUUGCAUGACUUCAUGAUUAUGCAUGAUUAUUUUAAUGGAAAGAAAUCUAUCUCAUAGAUCAAUGUGUUUCCUUGAGCUGUGAGGUCAUUUCAAUAACUGAUCUGUUGUGGAACCAAAUCAAUCCCUCUUUAAUACCUUUUUGCAUUUCUUUUUCUUUUUCUGAAAUUGAUCAUUGUUUGUUGAUCUCUUUUUCCUUUUCUUUUAUCAAUAAAAAGAGUGAGAGCGGCUGACAAUGGUAGCAAUUUUCAUUUGAUGUCACCAUAUGAGUUUUACUUUGUUGUAGAAUGUUCAAAGAGCUAUAUUAGCUUGAGAUGGAUGCUAAGCUUGUCACCACAGUACUAAUGUCAAGAUCAAGUGGAAGAGACUCAAUUAAAAUGUAACCUGUUUGUUUUUAUACGAGCUAUAAAUACCUUAAGAACUGUCAUUUCAAAAUUUGAACCCAAACCAUAGUUACUUGGAAUGCGAUACGGGUACGGAAGUUGGUACAUCACUUUGGAUUGCGGUAUGCGAACUACAUGUAUGCGAG